AUGUUCGUCCCUCGCCGCGCCCUCUUCGCCGCCCGAAGACUCCCCACCACCUUUCGUCCAAUUGCACGAUACGCUACCGAAGCAUCAGACGUCACGCUGCAAAAGCCUGAAGAAGAUGUUACACAAGUGAAGCAAGAAGACGUCGUUACAAAGCCCAAAUACACUACCAGAGCUAAAGCUGCACCUUCGACUGCGUCUGCCAAGUCGCCAACUGCAAGAUCUACACCGGCAGCCGCAUCUACAAAGUCUACAUAUGCGCCCAAGACGUUUCCUCCAAAGCCCACGGCAAGCAGCAAGAGUGCUAAGCCGGAGAGCCCACACAAGCCUGUUACGGUGUCGAAGAGCAUUCUAAGCGAGACUAGCGAGACGAACACGGAGAACACAGAGCACAUCAAUUGGGAGACGAGCUGGUAUGGCCUUGGUGUGAAGGCUGUUACUCCUGAGCAGAGUGAGAUUCUCGCACGACCAGUUGAUGCUGAAGAUGUGGAGGUCAAGCCCGAUGGUAUCAUCUACUUGCCAGAAGUCAAGUACCGACGACGGCUGAAUGAGGCCUUUGGACCGAUGGCUUGGGGAAUGGUCCAUCGUGGGGAAGUCGUUAUCGGUAACCAGAUCGUGACGCGUGAAUACGCUCUCAUCGUAAACGGCCGAAUCGUCUCCCAAUCGCAGGGCUACAACAAUUACUUCAGCCCCGAAUCUAUCCCCGCCGCUAUUGAGGGUGCCAAGUCAAACGCCCUGAUGCGUUGCUGCAAGGAUCUCGGUAUCGCCUCUGAACUCUGGGAUCCUGUGUAUAUCCGCUGGUUCAAAAAGCAUUACAUAGAGGAAAAAUGGGUCGAGCACACGGUCACUAAGAAGAAGAGGACUUUCUUUUACAAGAAGGGUCUUGCUGAGGCAACGUACCCUUACAAGUUUUGUUAG